CCCUCUGUAAUAAAAAUGCGAAGUAUGAUAGCUGCCUCUGCUCAGUGCCUAAGUCCAUCGACCAUUCUCAGAAUUCGCAACUUCUCUCUCUACAAAGCUUCUAGUACCCUUCUUUCUCUCCGCACUUUCGCGGCCAUGGCCGGCGCCAAUGACUUUGUGAAGGGAACUGUGUUUCCCAACGGCGUCGCGGUGAUCACACUCGAUCGUCCCAAAUCUCUCAACGCCAUGAAUCUAGGUUUACCAAUUUUUUUCGCGUUUUCUACUUUCCUCUCUCUUUCGAUUGAUCCGUCUAAGCUGGGUCCUUGGACGUUGAGCAUCAGUCGAUGUGUUUGAUAAUUGCAUACUGAGGCUUGUUAAGAACUGCAGUGGUUGCUAUUUUGUUCUGUGAUAGCUUUGUACUAAAAACAAUGAAUUGUUUGGAGAAUUAGGCUUGAUUGUUCUGUUACCAAUGCUAGUUGCCUUUGAUCAUGUUGUAUGUUACUGUUUGGUUUAACGCCUGGUUUGCUUCCCUGAUAUAUUGGAUGGGAAAAGGAAAAGACAGUUGAAUAUUGCAUAAGAGUUAAUUAAGAGCUGUUAAAAGUGGGACAAACAUUUAAAUUAUGGUGAAGCGGUGCAUUAAUUUGUCAGUGAGCAGAAGUAUGGCGAUCAAUUUCCAUUUAAAGUGGGCUUAUGAAAUGAUGAGAGGAUAUGCUGGUUUUGAUCUGAUAUCCUUGGCGUGCUUUACUUAAGCAUUUCUAUAUUUCUUGCACUGACACGCACCUCAACCAUGAUGCAGAUAUGGAUUUAAAAUAUAAAAAGUUUCUUGAUGAGUGGGAAAUGGACUCAAGAGUCAAAUGUGUUCUGGUUGAGGGCAGCUCACCUCGUGCCUUUUCAUCAGGAAUGGAUAUUAAAGGGGUUGUUGCUGAAAUCCAAAAGGAGAAAACCACACCACUUGUGCAAAAGGUAUUUACUGCAGAAUAUUCUCUGAUAUGCAAAAUUUUUGAGUAUAAAAAGCCAUAUAUAAGCUUCAUGGAUGGCAUAACAAUGGGCUUUGGAAUUGGCCUAUCUGGUCACGGUCAAUACCGGAUUGUUACAGAGAGGACUCUGCUUGCCAUGCCUGAAAAUGGAAUUGGCUUGUUUCCAGAUGUUGGGUUUGCUUAUAUUGCUGCACAAAGUCCUGGAGGUGGAUCAGUUGGUUCUUAUCUUGGAAUGACAGGGAAAAGGAUUUCAUCUGCAGAUGCUCUGUAUAUAGGUCUUGGAACACACUUUGUUCCAUCUGGGAAUUUAGGUUCUCUGAAGGAGACCCUUCUGGCAACCACCUUUUCCGAGAAUCCACAUCAGGACAUCAGAGCAGUAUUGGCAAAAUACAGCAGUGAUCCUGAGUUCGAGGCCCCGCUGAAGUUGCUUUUACCUCAAAUAAUUACUUGCUUCAAUGCAAAAAUGUCAGUUAAAGAGACAAUUGAAGAACUGAGGAAGCAUCAACUGAGUACUAAUGCUACAGUGGCAGACUGGGCUAAAGAUGCCCUUGCAGGGCUUGAAAAAGGUGCUCCUUUUUCUAUUUGCCUAACACAAAAGCACUUCUCUAGAGUUGCAUCUGCAUAUGGAAAAGAAGACAAUGAUUUAACCAGAUUAGAUGGUGUGAUGAAAACAGAGUAUCGCAUUGCUUUAACAUCUGCUCUUCGAAAUGAUUUUGCUGAAGGUGUACGCGCAGUCCUGGUGGACAAGGAUCAGAAGCCGAGGUGGAACCCAUCAAGCUUAGAGGAAGUUGAUCAAAGUGAGGUGGGAAAAGUGUUUGAACCAUUGGGCCCAGAAAUAGAGGAAUUGAGGGUUUGAGUGUGUUCUAACUAUUCUGUUACUGUUACUAUUACUAUUUCUUUUUUGGAAGUAUUAAUGCCAAAGAUACAGGUACCCUUGGCGUGUAUUCAUACCCACUUGGUUCAAAAUAAAAUUAAGUUGACAAUGAAUGAACAAAA